UCCCGACUCCAGGACCCCCCGGCCUCCUGACUCCCUCAUUGGCCUGCCUGCCCUAUCAAUCAGGCUGACCUGGAGUGCUGGCCUCUCCCCAUUGGCCCUGGCGCCUGUCAGUCUGGGUCCCAUCAGCCCGUCCCCUUUCUGUUGGUACCGGGAGCCAGCAACCAAACCCCACGGAGUGUCCCUGAGGGGCCAACGGUCCCCAGGGCGACUGGUUUUCAUCCGUGUUGUACAGCUAAAUUCCAAUGACUGGAAGUUAGCUAAUGUAACGCCAAUAUUUAAAAAGGGCUCUAGGGGUGAUCCCGGCAAUUACAGACCACCCUGGCGCAGGAGGUGCAGACGGAGAACAUGACAGUGGUGGAGGGUGGCGUGGCCGAGAUCAACUGCCGGCUGCACCGAUACGACGGCUCCAUCGUAGUGAUCCAGAACCCGGCCCGGCAGACGCUCUUCUUCAACGGCACGCGGGCGCUGAAGGACGAGCGGUUCCAGCUGGUGGAGUUCACCCAGAGGCAGGUGCGAAUCCUGCUCUCCGACGUCCGGCUGGAGGACGAGGGCGGCUACUUCUGCCAGCUCUACACCGACGACACGCACCACCAGAUCGCCUCGCUCACCGUGCUGGUGGCCCCCGAGAACCCGACGGUGGAGGUGAAGGAGCAGGCGGUGGAGGGCGGGGAGGUUGAGCUGACGUGCGUCGUGCCCCGGUCGCGCCCCGCGGCCACCCUGCGCUGGUACCGGGACCGGCGGGAGCUGCGAGGGCUCAGCAGCCGGGAGCAGCUGGGGAAGGUUUUCCGGGUCAGCACAUCGGUGCGGCUGCGGGUCGAGCGCCGGGACCACGGCACCAUCGUGACGUGUGAGGCCACGCACCCCGCCCUGCGCGGGCAGCGGAAGCAGACGCAGUACGUGCUAGACGUGCAGUACUCGCCCACGGCGCGGAUCCAGCCCAGCCAGGCCGUGCUGCGGGAGGGUGACACCCUGCUCCUCACCUGCGUCGUCAACGGCAACCCGCUCCCCACGGAGAUCACGUGGAGCCGGGCGAACGACUCGCUGCCCGAGCGGGCGCAGAUGGAGGGCGCGGAGCUGACGCUGCCGGCGCUGAGCCCGGGCGACAACGGCACCUACGCCUGCCACGCGGCCAACAAACACGGGCGCGCCUCCGACCAGUAUGUGCUGGUGGUGUACGACCCCGGGGCCAUUGUGGAGGCCCAGACCUCGGUGCCCUACGCCAUCGUGGGCGGCAUCCUCGCCCUGCUGGUCUUCAGCGUCAUCUGCGUCCUGAUCGGCAUGGUGUGGUGCUCCAUCCGGCAGAAAGGCUCGUACCUGACGCACGAGGCCAGCGGGCUGGACGAGCACGGCGAGGCGCGGGAGGCGUUUCUCAACGGCGGGGACGGCCACAAGCGCAAGGAGGAAUUCUUCAUCUGAGCCGGGGGCGGAGCCAGGGGCGGAGCCAGGGGAGAGUUUGGACCAGCCCAUCGAGCAGCGGCCGAACCACAGGAUUGGGGGGGGGGGGGGGGUUGGUUUAAUUUUUGAAACCAAGGCCUAUGUGCCAGCAGCCUGGGGUUCAAGCCCCGCCCCUGGGCUGAGGCCCCGCCUCCUACAAGAAGCCCCACCCCUGUGUAGUAAGACCACGCCCCUGGGCUGAGGCCCCGCCCACCCAUGAAAGUCCCCCCUCCAGGGUCCCCAGGUGGUGCCCUUUGCCCAGGCAGAGGAGGGGGUCGGGGGGGUGAAGCAGGGGAUUCAGGCCUCACCACCAUACAAUUGGGGGGACCACGCCCCUCUGAUGGGGGUGGGGCUCCAGGGAGGUGGGGUGGAGACCGUGGGGUGCUUUUGUAAACAGCUUAACUGGGCCGUGACUGGAUGGGGGAUGGGCCUGCUGGGGCCCGGACUCCUGGGUUCUCUCCCCGGCUCCGGGAGGGUGAUGGGAGUUAAUGGGGUGGAGGGUGGUGGCGGGGAGCCAGGACUCCUGGGUUCCAUCCAGGGCUCCCGAAUUCCUGCUGUGGGCCUUAAAAGCAGGUUGGACUCUUUAAAGCCAUGAUUGUUGGGGGGGGCGGGGUAUCUCUGUCCAUCAGUGUCUGUCCGUCCUCGUCAUGUGACGUCCUCACCAAGCACAAGAGCCUGAGACGGGGCGGGGGGGGGGGCGGAGGAGCUGGGGGGGCCGGGGCGUCUUCCCCCACCCCCCAGAACUCCCCUGCCUGGGGGCUCUCGCGGGCCCAGAGGGGGUGAAUGGGGCAAAUCCAGAUUUCACCCUCCUGCCCCCUCAAUGCACCAGCCCCUCAGAUUCCCCCAGCACUGGGGGUGCUGUGGGGGUGGGGCUCGCUCGCCCCCCGUAGUCAGUGCCACCCCCCAACCCUGGGCAUUAGAGAAGCCAGACCCUGAACUCCCUCCCCCCCCCCCGUUAAACUGGGAAAGAGCUUCCCCAUCACGGCCUGCUGGAGAGCGGGGACCCCCUCCCCCUCCCUGCACCCCAUAACCCGCCCCGCCCCAGACGGGCCGUGUCCUGCACCGGGCAAGGGGUCCCCCCAUAACCCGCCGCACCCCAGAUGGGCCGUGUCCUGCACCAGGCAAGGGGUCCCCCCAUAACCCGCCCCACCCCAGAGAGGCCGCAUCUCCAGUGUGGGCAUCUCCUCCCUGAUCCCCUCUGACCCCCCCAGUUCCUUGACUGCCCCCCCGGCCCGCCCUUUGUCCAGAAGACCCCCCCCCCCCCGUGGGUC